AUGACGUUCCGGAGGCUGAAGACGGUCGACUCUAGCGGGGCAGACAGCGCGGCGUCGGUGGCGCCCCCGGACAGCGACGUCUAUUUCCCGUCGUCCCAGUCGGACAGCUGCGGACGGCGGACGGCCCCGCUCAAGCACGACUCCUCGGAGGUUUACAACUACAAGUCGCUGGCUUACUCCGGGGGCACUCUGCCCAGAAACUUGAGAAAGGCUGGCGGCUCGCAGAAAUGGAAGCCCCAAACCCAAUCACCACCAGAACCACAAAGGAAAUUGGUGGUGCUGGAAAAGGUGGAUGAGCAAACGUUUGGUUUUGAGAUUCAGACUUACGGGCUGCAUCAUCAGGACCAAAACACAGUGGAGAUGUGCACGUUUGUGUGUAAGGUGCAUGACGACAGCCCAGCCCAGCUUGCAGGACUUCAUGUUGGGGAGACCAUCGCAAGUGUGAACGAGGCCCCCGUAGAGGGAUUUCGACACAAAGAGAUCGUCCAGCUCAUCAAGGCAUGUGGAAACACACUCAGGCUGGAGACGAUUUACAGCGACUCCAUCCGGAAAGCCGAGCUGGAGGCGCGACUGCAGUAUUUGAAGCAAACUCUCAACGAGAAGUGGGAUGAGUAUCGCUCGUUGAUGGUGCAGGAGCAGAGGCUCCUUCACGGUAUAGUGAUGAGCGACGCCUCCGUGUACGAGUCCCUGGAGUCGGCGGGCGUGUACGGCAGCCUCGGAGCCCCCAGUCCCGCCGCUCGCCGCUCCCUCCACUGCACCGGCAGCGCCAGUAGCAGCGCCAGCGUCCUCAGCACGGCCACCGAAGACGACCCCCUCUACCAGACCUGCCUGUAUCACGUGGACGCCAAGGGUGAUGCCGGCGAAGCAAAAAGGCACAAACAGCCGGCGAGGAAGCAGCGCCUGCGGCCCGCCAGCGAGCUUUUUGCGUCGGCCAAGACGCAGUUGACGCGCAGCGCCAGCACUCGCAGCUACACACGUGGGCCCUCGUCGGCGCCCGCCGCCGUUGACAAGCCACCAGGCUUCAGCACGCUGCAAAGGAAACACAGAAGCUUCCGGAGGCACUUCCUCAAGUUCAUCCCGGGCUUGAACAGGCCACUGGAGGAGGAGGAGAGCAAACUGUGACAUCACUUCCUCUCAAGACUUUCUAGAGCAAAAAUCCUCAAAAAGCAUCACGCGACCAAAGACUGUUAGCCAGCUGCCAGUGUUCCACAGCUGUAUAGAACUUUGUUUCUUUUUCAACCUUUAAGUUAUUUAUUUAUUUUGAAUGUGUCUGGCUCCAACCACAAUGAAGAUUUUUUAUUUCUGUUUUUCCUGCAUGUAGCAACUUUUCUUGUGAAUCAUUGUGAAUCAUUUUUUUGUAAAUCUGAUAUUUGCUGUAAAGCAAUCACAUUCUAUUUUUUUCUGCCAAAAAUAUUGUUUCAAAAAAUUAUAAACAUUUCAGAUUCAA